UGUGUUUUAUGGAGUUUUUCCGCCCUCUGCUGGCGCUUGGGUGUGACUUGCAUAUGUUAUGUGGCGUAAUGUCGCCCUCUGCUGGCGAUUCAGUGCAGCUGAUUUUUUGGGUUUCGGCGCGCUUUUCUGACGUGAUUAUAUGUCGACGCGAACUCACACUAAUAGACAGUGCUAUUCAGACCAGCUAACGUCCGCAUCCAGUAUUCAGUGGCAGUUCUCAUAGCCCCAUCACACUGUUUGUGUCUAAUACAUGCAUCGCUUGAGGACAAAGAAAGAGGUUGAGACUUUUUCCUCAGUAGUUCUUCCUCGUAGCGGAGCACCAGAACCCCCUUUUUUCUUCUUGUAGUUGAAGGCGUUGUCGUCCACGAUGUUGUUAUGUUUCCGAUUCCUCCUCCUGUUCCCGUUCUUGCUGCCGCUGGCACGCUGCCUUCCAUCGCCAUCGCGGCCACCCUCACGCUACUGCCGCCGAUGUUGCGACCACCUGGAUCCACAUGCCUCGAGCUCUACUCCCUACUACCGCCUGCCAGAGGUCCGCACCGUGGUCAACAUGACCAUCCUCAAAGGUGACAAAGGCGACCGAGGGGACAAAGGCACUCCUGGUAAGCCUGGCCUGGAAGGGCCCUUGGGCCCACCAGGGCCGGCGGGCCCUCAGGGCGCCAAGGGUCAAGCGGGUGCACCCGGGGACCCCUGCAAGAACCCGCGCGCCGCGUUCUCAGUGGGCCGCCGCAAGUCCCUGCACAGCGUAGACUACUACCAGCCACUUGUGUUCGACACGGUCUUCGUCAACCUGCACGAGCACUUCAACAUGUUCAAGGGCAAGUUCUACUGCUACGUGCCCGGAGUCUACUUCGUCAACCUCAACGUCCACACGUGGAACUUCAAGGAGACCUACGUGCACCUCAUGCGUAACCAGGAGGAGCAGGUCAUCCUCUAUGCGCAGCCCAGCGAGCGCUCCAUCAUGCAGAGCCAGAGCGUCAUGAUGGACCUCCAGCUUGGGGACGAGGUCUGGGUGCGCCUCUACAAGCGCGAGCGCGACAACGCCAUCUACGGGGAUGACGUGGACGUUUACAUUACUUUCAACGGCUACCUGGUGUCUCCCGCCGUGCAGUGACCUGCCUGUCCCCACGGGGGCAGACUGCACUGGUCAUUAAACUACGAAGGGUGCACAGCAAAAGCAUUUGCACCCGAAACUAGUCGCAAAAAAUAGCACUUAUGUCUCGGAAAAUGUGACUGAUGUCUUCAGGUUUUAUUAUUGUAUUAUUUUAAGGGGGGGGUGCAAAUUAUUUCCUGAAGUUAAUUCAUUCAUCACCUGUUACUUUUGGGUUAGUUGAAUACAUGUACAUUGAGUGAAUCAGAGUAAAAAAUACCAUAUAAUGGGCAAGAACUACUUUCUUUCGUGGUUUGGAAUGGUCGGUACUGUACAUCUGUACACAACUGUCCCCCUGCUGCAGACGGCUCCAAAGGAAGCAUCAAAAUUUCCUUGCGAAGAAGUCGGCAUACUCGGAGUGCCUCCGAGUGUACUCAGAAAUGUCUGAUAUUUUUAUGGAUCGGCCUACCUUCUGAGCAGAGCAAAGGGUGAAAUAAAUUGUUUGUACGCACUGGCAAAGUGAUUCCGCACGACGCAAAACAAACUAGUUCUGAGCAACCUCUCGGUAGAUUCUAAAUAUCAGUAAGAAAAAAAUUAAUAAUAUUUGUGCCUUUCCUUGUAUUUCAUAUGAAGCCUUAAAAUUAGGUCUGCUUGCUAUUAAUCUAUGUUUGCAGUGUACUUGAAAAAUGCACUUACCUUUCUGACGAUAAACAUCUGAGGUGUUUCCAGCCAUAAAAACCUCUAUAAAAAAUCCUGCCACAAAGUACUGGUAGGCCCUGAGACCUUUAUUGGCUUUUAAACUUUUUGUUCGUAUAUGUACUCAUUGUAUUU